AUGAGAUUCAAAAAAAGAAGGGGAAAAACUGAAAAAGCUAAUUAAUGUUCAUCAUCGAUAGAAGUAGAGCAAGUCCGUGUCUGUUUUCUUUCCAGUUCCUUCAGUUUUCCCAAAUCCCAUCACAAACAGCGGCCGAGAGAAUUCAUUUCGCGACAUGACGAACGGUGCAUGAAAGGGGAGAAGAGAACUUGUACGAGCUUAGAUCGUGGUUGAUUCAAUGUAUUUCUCUUCCGUCGUCUCUGUUAAUUUCUUCGUUCUCAUUUACACGCAUUCUCUGCGUGUUUUGCGCUGAUUGCUGGAUUUCUCAAAACUCAAAAAGGGUAUUGGAUUGGAUUUUAGGGUUUAUGAUGCGUUGUUGUUCACUGGAAAGUCGGAUACAGCCGUUGUUACGCGAUUAUGACAAGCUUCAAUAUUUUGCUGUGAUUCUCAUUUAUGUUCAAAUUGGUUGUGCGUUGGUUGGAUCUCUCGGGGCACUGUACAACGGUGUGUUGCUGAUUAAUUUGGCAAUAGCUUUAUUCGCUCUUGUGGCAAUUGAGAGUAGCAGCCAAAGCCUUGGUCGAACCUAUGCUGUUCUUCUCUUCUGUGCAAUUUUACUGGACAUAUCGUGGUUCAUUCUUUUUUGGAACGAUAUAUGGAACAUUUCUUCCAAUAAUUAUGGAGUUCUUGUUAUUUUUUCUGUGAAACUCACUCUUUCAAUGCAAAUUGUUGGAUUUUCUGUGAGGCUGUCAUCCUCGUUAUUAUGGAUUCAAAUGUACAGAUUGGGCAUUUCAAAUGUAGACGGUGCUGUUUCUUGUGAAGCAGAUUUUGAUUUAAGGAAUCGUUUUUUGAAUCCGGCAACUCCUGCUGUAGUCAGGCAGCCCUCAGACUCUGAUGACAUUAUAGGAGGCUCCAUAUAUGAUCCAGCUUACUACUCAUCUCUUUUUGAAGGUGGUCAAGACAAUGGAUGUUGGAAUAGGGAUCACAAUCAUGGUAUUGGGGAUGGUGGGUCCACAUCUGCUGUUGAGGCUUGUCAAUUGAAGUUAUCCCUAGGAAGAUCUUUUCAGGCUUUUGAUGAUCAAUUCAGGUAAAAAACAUGGUCAUAUGAAGCUUCAUGCAACUCGGCGCGUGGGGUUGACAUUGCCUGCUUUUGACCAGCGCGUGACGGCAGCUCCAGGAUGGGAUUAGGGGUUGGCAGAUCAGUGUCUGUGUCACUUUGGUGUUGGUUUUUCAAUAUCUGAAGGGGUAUUGGUGUUCUUGAGCUGGCAGUCUUGUCUAGGUAAUUUUUGGCAACUGCUGGAUAAUUUUCAGGCCUGUGAUGGUGCUAGCAAUUCUCCUAUGAUGGUAGACAUGCAGAGGGAUUUAGGGUUUUAGUUUCAGUUUGAUGGUGGCUAUGGAACCUAGGGUUUAGGUACUCUGGUAUCAUGUCAAGAUUAUUGUGUAAAUUGGGAGACAUAAUCACAGUGACAGGCCUAUCCCACUAUUUAUAAUAUAUGCCCAAGUACAUAAAUGACCACAAA